UUUACCGGAGGCUGCAAGCCCAGUUGGCCGCCGCGCUCAGCUGCGUCUUGUGGGAACCAUCGUUGGCUUCUGUACCCCCUCCAACCCGUACCCCCACCCCCCAUCCCCGCACCCCCACACCACAAUGACUUCUCUGUGCGAGGACGAGGAAGAGUUUGACUUCGACAUUCUCUUCGAGUUUAACCAGCGCGAUGCUGCCUCCAGCGCUGCGGGAGGAGAAGCCUACAAUUUUGCUUCACCACACAUAAAAGUCACUCCGUCAGGUGUAGUGAAUCCUUCUGCUCCUAUAUCGUGCCAUGGCCUGCAGUCUUCAAAUCAAGGUCUCUCCGCACUGCCAUCAACACAUGGAAUGAUGGGAUAUGGUGGCAACAUUGACAUCAGUGCUUCAAGCUACUACCUGACUCCGAACAUCAGACCAAAUGGUGGGGGAGCCCUUGAGAGUCCAAGGAUAGAAAUCACUCCUUAUCCCGGAAUGCACAUUGGCCAUAAUCAGUUUGCCAGUGAAAUUGAGAUCGAUGGAAUUGAAAAUGGUUCAGGGUUUAAACGUUCCAGUUCAUUAGUUACACUGCCUCUACCCAAUCCAGAUGCCUACAGAGACCCUUCAUGCUUAAGCCCAGCAAGUAGCCUCUCAUCUCGUAGUUGUCACUCGGAAGCGUCAGAGUCCAGUUAUUCCAUUCCUUACGAGGGCUCGCCACUUGCCUCUCCUUGGCAAUCACCAUGUGUCUCCCCAAAAGGCACUACCCAUGAGGAGGGGUUCCCUCGAGGCCAAGCUGCCUGCACCCUGUGGAACUCCCCCAGGCACUCUCCAGGCACUUCGCCAAGGACAAGCAUCACCGAGGAGAACUGGCUGAGCCCACGGCCCACGUCAAGGUCAUCGUCUCGGCCACAGUCCCCAUGUGGCAAAAGAAGGCAUUCGUUCAAUGGUGGGUACUACCGGCAACCAUCUUACUCACCGCAUCAUUCUCACACACCGUCACCGCAGGCAUCUCCUCGGGUAAGCGUGACUGAGGAAACAUGGCUGGGGAGUGGGAACCAGUACAAUUCUGCUAUCCUUGCUGCCAUUACUGCCCUCACCACUGACACUUGCAUGGACAUCAACGACAGUAUACCAGUCAAGUCUCCGAGAAGAACAAUACAAGACCAGACCCCUUCCAUGCCUCUCAAACCUGAGCCAGGUAAUGACGAUCAACGAGCCUAUUCACCCUCGGCAGAUCUGUUGCAAGAAGAAUUUUCUGGGUCUCGUCUUCCCGUCAAAAAAGAAGCUUUUUGUGACCAAUAUUUAUCAGUCCCUCAGCAUCCAUAUCCAUGGGCAAAACCAAAAUCUGUCUCAUCAUCACCAUCAUCAUUUGCCAGCUCUACUUUACCUGCCCUUGACUGGCAGCUGCCAUCCCAUGCAGGGCCAUACGAGCUGGAGAUUGAAGUACAGCCUAAGUCACAUCACAGAGCCCACUACGAGACAGAGGGCAGUCGUGGAGCAGUAAAAGCAUCUGGUGGCGGCCAUCCAAUUGUGCAGCUCCAUGGUUAUAUGGAAAGUGAACCCCUCACUUUGCAGCUGUUCAUUGGGACAGCAGACGAUCGCCUGCUGAGACCACAUGCCUUCUACCAGGUCCAUCGCAUCACCGGCAAGACAGUUUCUACCACCAGCCAUGAAAGCAUCAUCAGCAACACCAAGGUCCUGGAGAUCCCUCUGCUGCCAGAAAACAACAUGAGAGCAAACAUCGAUUGUGCUGGGAUACUGAAACUUCGAAAUUCUGACAUCGAACUGAGGAAAGGUGAGACUGACAUUGGACGGAAGAACACAAGAGUAAGGCUGGUCUUCCGUAUCCAUAUCCCACAACCCAGUGGUAGAACUGUCUCGCUGCAGGCUUCGUCAAAUCCCAUUGAGUGCUCCCAAAGGUCUGCCCAGGAGUUGCCAUUGAUAGAAAAGCAAAGCAUUGACAGGUUUCCAGUGACUGGUGGGAAGGUGAUGAUUUUAAACGGCCACAACUUUCUUGCAGAGUCGAAAGUCAUCUUUGUGGAAAAAGCAGCAGAUGGACAUCAUGUGUGGGAGACUGAAGCAAAGACUGACAAGGAGUUCUUUAAACCUAAUACACUCAUUGUUGAAAUUCCGCCCUAUCGGAACCAGCGCAUUACCAGCCCUGUUCAAGUUUAUUUCUAUGUCUGCAAUGGGAAACGGAAGAGGAGCCAAAGUCAGCGCUUUUCCUAUCUACCAGCUAAUGUUCCCGUUAUAAAAACAGAACCUGCCGAUGACUAUGAACCGGCCUUAGUCUACGGAUCACUUCAUGAAGGCAUGAGCCCCUUGUCUCAGCCCUACUACUCUCAACCAGUCAUGGUCCCCGAGAUUACUCCAGACCCUAGUUCCUGCCUUGUCGGUAGUUUUCCCUCUUGUCAACAGAGGAACGCUGGGUUAUCAUCCUCCCCUACAUCAGGUCACAAGCAGCACGAAGUUGCACCUGCCCCCUAUGCAAAAUGCACCAGCAGCACAGCCAACACCCAGCUUGGUCACCGACAGUCUGGAACAACAGUGCCUGCUCUUCAAGACGUGAACAGAUCGGUUGUUGUGCAUCCAGGUUCGCCCACUCACUCUGCCCACGGCCUGAUGCAUCCCCCGAUGACUCAGCACCUGAACAGUAGCUGUUCCCAUGGCUUCCAACAUGCUCUGUAUCCCAACAAUCUUUCUCCUCAAGGCCCUUCCCCCUCACCAGAGGCAACUUACGUGCAGCCCUUCAGUCCGACAAACUCCGCAGCAAGGGGGCAACAACAGCAAGCUCAGAAGCCACCAAAUAAUAGGGCUCAAUCCAGUCCGUCAAUGAUGCCACCAAUCCAAGGGGAGAAUGGCCCGGAUUUGACUCCCUUGCAAGUUACAGUGAAACAAGAGCCUGAAGAACUGGACCAGUUGUAUCUGGAUGACGUAAAUGAAAUCAUACGCAAUGAUCUCUCAAGUGCCUCUGUCCAUGGACAUUCGUAGUUAAAAAUCGCUUCAAGACAAUGGAGAGAAUGAAGAUGGUCCAUUGUAGGCAUCAAGAUGUUGACCACGUAAAGACCACGGUCUACACUGCCUCAAAGAAAAUUCAUCAAAUGUAAAAAACAAGCUUUUAUUUCUCUUUUUUAGAAAUAAUUCGCGAUGCAAACUGUUUUCUGUUUUCUAAUGAUGCAAGGAUGUUGACUGAUGAGCAGCCGAUCAUCCCAGUGAACUAUUGUGUGGACGAAUUCUCAAUUCUGCCAUGAACUGUCUUCCUGGAUCAUUCCCAUGUGAAAAUGUUUAAAUAAUUCCAAAGAAUCAAUAAUGUUGCAAAGGAAUGCAUACAAUGAAAAUGAUUAAUUUAGAGGUUUUGAAGUAUGCAGAUAAAAGUGCCUUAUGUUUACUUUUGUUAUGGAAGGUUCCAUCAGUUAAAAUAAUCAGUUUAUAGAAAUUAAUAUUAAAACAAGCCCUUUGUAGGAAUAUUUUAUCAGCAUAAAGAAUUUAAAAGAAAUUAAUGUGAAUUAGUAGGCAAUUGACAAUGUUUUUUACGAAGGAGAUCAUGCUUAGAUUUUUAGUGAACGAUGUGUAACUGUACAUUGCAUUUCAAUUCAAAACAACUGAUGUAUUCAGUGACACUGUAAAUCCAUCCAUCACUCCAAUAGACAAUUCCUGGUUUUGGCUGCCUGAUCUAUAGCUUGAGCCAGGAUGUAAUGUCAUACAUUGGAUGGAAUGAGACCUUACAAAAAUUCCAAAAGACUCUGGAGAUGGCCUUAUAAAAAUACUAUCAAUACCUCCAACGUCAUGGCUAUGCAGACCAUAGUAAGAUGUCAUUGUACACUUCAUAGGAUUAAAGGAUUCAUUUUCCAAAAUAUGUUAACAAAAUGACUAGAUGUUUGGUAUGUUUUGUGCUGAAUUGUUUACUUAUUGCCAUUCUCUGUACAUUCACAGAUAUGUUAAAAUCUGCUAUCUUUUACUGGUGUACCUUUGAGUUUGAUAUAUUAUAUAACUCAAAGGAUGGGUUUAGAGUUACUUCUUUUGUGCCAGUUAGGGAAUAUGUCAUGAGAAAACCAAUUUCAGAUUUUAUGCGCACAAAAUGUUGAAAAGCAAAAACAAUUACAUUUUCAGUACAUUAACAGAAAUUGUCCUUUAUGUAUCAACUGUUACUAAAAUAUUCAUUGCACGUCGGGAAUUCAGUUCACGCUACCAUCUAUUCACAUCUACUUACCAGUUUGCUUAAUACCAUGCGAUUUCUGGACCAACUAGUUAGUGGGUGUUUUCUCUCUUAACGUACAAAGCUAGAAUAAGCAUAGAAGUGCAUUUCCUUAACUUUUCCAGUUGUGUAAGCACUUUAGAAAGUACAGCACAGAACAGUACAAAGUAAUCUGCCUCAACAGGUAACUUUAAUUUUAUUUUUUAAUUCUUGAAUCAAACUUAGACUUCUCAGCUCACUGUGCUGUAGAAAAAAUGUUUAAACUUUAUCUUAAAUGCAACUUCUACUGAGCUAUUUACAUUAAUGCUAUGUUAAAUCUUUAAACAUUGUGCUUUUAAUAAUAGUGAUUGCAGCUUUAUAGUUAAAGUAGAAUUUCAGACUAUAUAGCUUAACUGAAAUUAAAUAAUCACUCCUUUAUGUUAUGUUUUUAUAAUAGAUAGAGUUGAGUUCAUAUGGCAUGUGUAAACUGCUACCAUUUUGAGUGCCUUAACCAUUAGUGCCCUCUUUAUGCUUUGCCUGGGAAUUACUUAAUUGUUGUACUAGAUCAAUGUACCAAAUCAUGUUAUUUAGUUCCUGUGCACAUGAACCACAGAUGACAAGUGUGGGGAACCGCUUCAGCAAAAAAGUGAAAACCAAAUGGCAACAGAUUGUUUGUGCUCCUGCUAUUCCCUUAUUGCAAAUCUUACCACAAAGACAUCUCAGUAGCAUAUUGUGAAGUGUUCAGGACAUAUGGUGGCAAUACUUGUCCUGAUUAAGAAUUCUAACUAGGACAAGCUUCUGAGAAUUCAGCUCCGGGGGGUGGGGGGUUGUUUCCUGGCUCUGAGGCAUUGUAUGCAAUACAGCUUACCUGUUCAAUUAGUGCAAACUGCCAUUGUGUUGUUUAAUGCAUCUUUUUCUUCCUGAUGCCUCUCAACCACUGCAAUCCUUUGCACCUGUCCACACCACACACAUUUAAUUCCAUUUAGGAAGAGAUUUGUCUGAUUGCUGUUCAAAUAGUAGCUUCUGACAAAUAAAAUAUAGGCUGGGAAAGGUAAGAGCAACUCACGUAAGUAACAUUAAAACAAAAAGGAAAACUAUGCUCAAUUAUGUGUGAGGAUAAUGUCAAGCAUUUUCUCCAUUUUAUUUAUGCCAUUAAUACAAGGUUACCAAUUUUGUUUUAUAAUAUAACUAUUACCCCUAGGUCUGUUGUGUAGAAAUAUAAUUAGGAGGAAUGCUGAAAUAGUUGUUUAUACAACUUGUGUAGCAGGAUAACUUUCUUCAACUAUGUCUGAGCAGUAAAUCCUGCAAUCAUGUUGCAGAAAUGCAAAAAAAAUGCAAAAUUGCUUUUGUUAACGUAAAAAAAAAGUUUUGAAAUGGCAGCUUAUUGUUGCAAUAUAUCUGCAGUGCAUUAAAUGUGAUUACUUGCAAUUUACUACAACUAGACUGGUUCAAGCCAAUGGACCUUUGAUAAGUUGCAGCCACUUCCAAUCUCCUAAAACACCAGCUGCCUUCUUUCUUUUGUAUAAGUAAAACCUGCUUCUUUUUAAAUUGCAUUUGCGCUGGAUUUUAUAGGGAAAAGACUGUUCUGACUUUCUAUGAGUAUUCCCAGAAGGAAACCGGAGGAGAGGCUGGACUUGGAAUAUACAUUAGAAUGUAUAAUAACUCUGACUUACUGGUUGAAGCCUCUAGAGCAAAACACACGCCACUUUUUCACUUAAUUUCAGGAAUGGCUCUUAAGUUAAAUAGACAAAGUUCCUGCAUUGUGUGUUGUGUCUCUCAUGUUCUCCAAAGCUUCUAUUUUCCUGUAUAUUUGUAUGUUUUUUGUUUUUUUUUGCAUUCUUGCUGUUAGUGUAACCUGUUUAAUGGAAAUUAUGCAAAUAUUUUCUACAUGUAAUAUAUAAUAAAAGCACACUUUGAAG